ACAGGGUGUCAGCGUCCUUUCUGCGGCUGCAGCAGCUAGGAUUUGAAACCAAAAUUAUAGGUUAAUAGCCAUACCUUUUAACAUUUCAUGCAAUAAUAACCUCUUGAAUGUAUUGGAGAUGUCUGCGACUGACUGGUACGCGCAUAAGUCGCUGGAAAACGGAGUGUUUUGGAUCCAGGAGCGGUUUUAUGAAUCGGGGAACAGGGCGAAUAUCUGGCUCGUACGCGGGUCCCAUCAGGACGUGGUCAUAGAUACCGGGCUGGGUUUACGGAGUCUGCCUGAGUACAUCAGCAGUAAAGGACUGCUAGGGGAAGAUUCGAAGCGCAAGAACCCGGUCUUGGCCAUAGGCACGCACGUGCAUUUUGAUCAUUCGGGUGGGCUGCAUCAGUUUCAACAGGUGGGCGUGCACAAGGCAGAGGUGGAUGCUCUGGCUAACGGUGACAACUUCGAGACCGUGACAUGGUUAUCUGACCGCGAGAUCGUGGAGGAUCCAGCGCCUGGAUGGCGAGCAAGACAGUACAGAGUGAAGGCGGUUACGCCAACACAUAUAUUACAAGAAGGCGACGUUAUCAACCUUGGGGACAGACAGCUUAAUGUUCUCCACAUGCCGGGCCAUUCCAGAGGCAGCAUUUGUCUCCAUGACAAGGAGAACAAAAUGCUGUUCAGUGGAGACGUGGUCUAUGAUGGUUCCAUGAUUGAUUGGCUUCCGUACAGCCGGAUCAGCGACUACAUUCGGAGCAGUGAAAGGCUGAUUGAGAUGGUCGAUAAGGAGGAGAUUGACCAGGUCAUGCCUGGCCAUUAUAACACUUUUGGGAGCAAGCGUCUACACCGGUUAGCCUCCAACUACAUCGCUAGUGCCGGCGCCUGCCACAGAGCCUCCACCUGCUUGGUGAAGUCCAUUGCCAGCCUGGCACUUCGAGCCUCCAACUCAAGAAGUGCCUGCUAGUUGUUAUAAAAAGGACUAAUAUGCAACAAAAUGUCAUUGCAGACCUCAAUAUAUGAAAACACUGAGCAAUACAGUGUGCUAAUCAUAUACAGAAUGCAGUUUGAUAGUAUUAUUUGUGAACAAGGAUCAAAAUAAUGAAAAAUGCUGCAUAAUAUCCACCAAAAGCAUCAAGAACAAUAGUAAACAUUUUAAAGGUGCUGUUUGUAAUUUUCAAUGAUAAUGUGUAGAGGUGUCAAAAAAAAACUAAAUUGAGAAGCCCAAUAUAAGAUAUUUGUUUUGUAUUGCCCAAACCAGUUAAGUCAGCACUGCAGUCCAUUUCAUUG